CAUUGCGCUGUCUAAUCUUUUUGAUAAUGCUUCAAUAAUUAUGCUUAUUCAUUCUCGAAGCUGAUCUUGAGCUGUCAAUUGAUUCAGACCUCCCUUCGUGGAAAUCAAAACGAGCGCCCUUGGUAUUAACAAAAUUGAAACUCAUCAGCCAAUAUGGUUGUCCAAGUCACCAAUCUUUCUGAAAAGGACAUUGAUGGAGCUGUAGCUGCAGUGCAGGCUGCUUUCGCGAACGACCCGUAUAACACCUGGGUAUACGAUCAUUCCAAAUUCAACGCUCAGCGCAACGCGGUGUCACUCGGCAUACGCAUGCGAUGGGGCAUGCGCAAUGGCAUUUUCCACGUCGCGAAAGAAGAGGGUAGCGACAAAAUCUUAGGCGUUGCAAUGUGGCUCCGUCCCCAACCUGCAGGAACCCCCGAAACUUGGAACGAUUGGUAUGAGGGUUGGAAGCUUUACUUCAGCCAAGUUGCGAUGAAUCUCUACUAUGGUCGCGGAGGAUUGAAUGUCAAGCGAUAUUACAUCUGGAAAGAGGCACAGGCAAAAGUUCAAUCAGAAGUCUGGGAUGAUCCUCGGGGGUAUUACUUUCUCAACAUCAUGGUUGUCAUGCCAGAAGCGCAAGGGAAAGGUGUUGGAGCAAAGAUGAUGAAAGCCGUUACCGACCAAGCCGAUGCAGAGGACAUGAAGUGCUAUCUCGAAUCCAGUCGAGAUGUUCCAAAUGUGGCCAUCUAUGGCCGAUUUGGAUUUCGAUUACGAAAAGACCUGAUUUGCGAUGAUAAUGGUGUUGCGAUCAAGCUGUUUACGAUGAUAAGAGAACCACACGCGAAACCGGGUGAUGGUAGAUAAGAUGUAGUAAAUAAUGAACGCAC